UUGAGAUUUGAGACUUGCGUGUUGACAGAUAUUCGCCUAUGUUUACUAGUUUAAUUAAACUUUAUUUUUAAUGAUAUUCAAGUUUUCUUUCCUUAUUAAAGGAGUUCACUAAUGAUAUAGUGAUCUCACUCAAGUUAAUCUGAAACAUAUAUACGUAUCUUGCACGAUCUAUAUAUGAUAUUUUUAUGAUGGAUAUUGUCAUAAAAAUUAAUAAUCAGUCUAAUGGGAGAGAUAAACUUGCCAGGUUAAUUCAAUAUGCAAGUCGACUAGUCUGGCAUCAGUUAGAAAGGAGAAAUGCAAAUAAAUAUUCUAUUGAUAGAAUAAAGAGCUUAGAAAGCAAUUUAAGCACAUUUAGAAAAGUUUUAAGACUUGGAAGAUGUCUUGACAUAUGUUAUACAGCAUUGAAUUCGCUUAACAUAGAAGAUCCAUUUUUAAGAAUAUCUUUAACUAUAAGUAAAAUAGCUCAUGCAUUAUUUCUCUACGCAGAUCAUGUUGUGUGGUUGACAAAAAGUGGCUUCCUUAAAACAGAUUCUGAGAACUGGAAUCGCACUGCAAACAAAUUCUGGUUGAUAUCCAUAAUUGCUAAUUUAGCUCGAGAUUUCUAUGAAAUCUUACAUGUUCUAGAAUUGAAUAGAACAACAUUUCUUAAACCCACAGAUCUCAUUGCAGGUUCUAUAAAGAAUUUUAAUUUACAUGUCAGUAUGAAACAUUUGUCUGCUAUUCUUUGCUGUCAUAAAGAUAUUUUCAUAGAUACAUUAAAGAAUUCUUGUGAUAUUUUUAUUCCCUUAACAGCAUUAGGUUUUACCAAAUUAAGCCCUAGUGCUAUUGGUACACUUGGAACAUUAUCAUCAAUUGCUGCAUUAAUUACUCUAGUGAAACCAAUAACAAAAUUAGUUCCUGCGUGAACUACUUAAUUUUAUAGAAUUAUAUGUAGAUUAUCUUCAAAUAUGGUGGUAUAAAAUAUGCGAAUUUUUACAACUAUGUUUUAAAAUUUUCAUUCUAUGGGUCUUAUAAUGGUGUAUGAUAAUCAUCACAAUAAGAUAUAAUAUUCAUUGUUAUGUUAUAACAAGGAGAAGCUAAUAAAUGUGUAUAAUUAAAUGGGUGUUUGUAUAUGA